AUGGCUGCUGGGAAAAUGAACAUCAGUAUUGAUUUGGAAACUAACUAUGCAGAGUUGGUUCUAUAUGUGGGAAGAAUCACUCUUGGGGAGAAGAACAGAAAAAGAAUGAAAGAUUGUCAACUAAGAAAAAAGCAGAACGAAAAUGUCUCACGAGCUGUGUGUGCUUUGCUGAAUUCUGGUGGGGGAGUGAUCAAGGCUGACAUUGAGAAUGAAAACUAUGGUUACCAAAAAGAUGGAAUAGGAUUAGAUUUGGAAAAUUCUUUUAAGAUUAUUUUGCCAUCUUUUGUUCAUAAAUACCUAGACUUCAUGCAGCAAGGACACUGUUUUUUUAUUUUUGUGAAGUCAUGGAGCUCAGAAUCCUCUGGUCUGCAGAUUGCCACCGUGAACUCCAAUUUGUACCAGAGAGACAUAACAUCUGCAAAUGUCAUGAAUGCUGUUGGUGCACUGGAGUUUCUCAAAGAGAGGAAACAAUCAGGAGGGAGACUGUGUUUGAGACCACAGUUGUGUCCAGCAAGGGCUCGUAUUGAUGUACAAGAAGAAAGUAACGUGGAAACCUUGGCUGCUGACUUUUUUAACAGGCAGCAACUUGUGUACAAAGAAAAGCUCACCUUUACUGAAUCCACACAUGUUGAAAUUAAAUACUUCUCAACGGAAAAGUUGUUACAACGCAUUAAAGAGAGUCUCCCUCAGUAUGUUUCUGCAUUUGCAAAUACUGAAGGGGGAUAUUUAUUUAUUGGUUUAAAUGAUGAUAACCAAGAAAUAAUUGGCUUUAAAACAGAGACGAGUAAUCUCAGUAAGUUAGAAAAAGAUAUAGAGAAGUCCAUUAGGAAUUUGCCAACCCAUCACUUCUGUGUGGAGGAGAGGGAGAUAAAUUACUCAUGCAAAUUCCUUGAAGUAUACGAUGAUGGAAGUCUCUGUGGAUAUGUUUGUGCACUCAAAGUAGAACCGUUCUGCUGUGUAGUUUUUGCCAAAAAGCCCGAUUCCUGGCAUGUGAAAGACAACCAGGUGGAGCAGUUGACCACGAAGGAAUGGAUCCAGUUCAUGGUGGAUGCUGACCCAAAUUCUUUUAGGUGUUAUGAAGAGAUGUGCCUUCAAGGACCUACGUCAUCAUCCAGUCCCCGCAGAUGGCCUGUUCUUAAGCAUAAGAAUUUGAGAAGUCAGCAGCUGAGCUGUCAGUCUCCAGUACCAUCAAAAAGGAUGACAUAUACUCCAGAAACCCUGUACAAGGAGCUGUUUUCACGACAUGAAGGACUUGCACAGUUGAUAAGUAAAGAAAUGGGCUUUGUCGGUGAAGGUACAUUGAUCUUUUCUAGGAGCUGGUCUUUGGAUCUGGGCUUGGAAGAGAACCAGAACGUCAUCUGUGAUGCUCUUCUGAUUGCCCAGAACAGUCCCCCAGUCCUAUACACCUUUCUCAGGAAACUGGAUGAGAAGAUACAAGGCUAUUCUACCCAGACUGCCCUAACUUUAAAGCAGAAGCUGGUGAAAAUCGGUGGUUACACAGGAAAAGUGUGUGUCAUGAGAAAGGUCUGCUUGAGUCCUGGAAACAGUGCAAAACCCCCUGAUGACUCAGCCUUACAAAUACUUUACCCUUCGUCAUACAAUCUUCAAACUACUCAAACAAUGGAAAGCUUGCGGAAGGCCCUUGUAAUAGUCUUGAUGAGACUCGGAUCUUUGCGUAAAGAGUUGGCUGAUGAGAUUUUCAGCUUGCUCUUAGGUAAUCAGUAUGGAUUGCCUCAAAAGAAAUACAAGGAUGAUGAACAUUUGUCCAAGGCUCACUUGAAUCAUGGAAGGGAGACCAGGCAGCGAUGCUUUUCAUUGGAUAUUCUCUAA